UGUCCAUGAAGCUCAUAAAGUCUUUCCCGGCCAACAAUAGCUCAACGAAGCUAGGCAUUUUGAUUCAUUGGCUCAGAAAGAACAGGAGAGAGUCUUCAUGGGAUGGUUUCGAACGCUAUUGAAAGAAGAGCUAGAACAAAUAGCAUGCCAACUUGUGGGAAAAAAUAGGCUUGGAAAUGGACUCACUGUGGUCCGAUGGAAGACUGGAGGGUAUAACGUGACUUUUCGUGUCAAUUAUGAUGAUGGCUUCCAGGCCAUUAUUCGUUUCGCUGCCCUUGGUCAAUCCCUUUAUCGUACCGAGAACGUUGAAAACGAGGCCAUUGUUCUUCAAUAUCUCCGUAAGAACACGAAUAUUCCUGUUCCCCGUUUAUUAGGGGUUGGAAAAAUUGCUCUCGCACCCUACAUCAUUGAAGAAUUUGUGGAGGGGAGAACUUGCUUCUGGUCCUUUCAUGGAAUCCAGAAUAGAGCGACAAAAUCUGGAUUCCAAUGUUAGUGAGCAGAAACUGAAAAUUCUCUAUAGCGAAAUGGCCGGCAUUGUGCUUGAGAUGUCGAAACCAGAGUUCACGCAUAUUGGCUCUCUGGUUCAAACCGAAAAUGGAUAUGCUAUUGGCAGACGUCCACUCACAAAAUAUGUGAACGAGCUGGCAAUGAAGGCUAAUCUCGCGCCACAACACUUCCCUACCUCAAACUCAAUUUACACGACGUCUGUUGGCUACUUUGGGUCCUUGGUUGAACAACACAUGGCUCAACUUCGCAACCAACGAAACGAUUGCGUGAAAGACGAAGAUGACUGCAAGAAAAAAUAUAUAGCUCGUUGCCUCAUGCUUAGGAUUUCUCAUUAUAUUGCUAUGAAAUACUCUACAGGCCCAUUUCGAUUGUUUUGUGAGGAUUUCCGACCAUCAAAUAUCAUUGCCAACACAGAACCAUUUCACAUCAAUGCAGUUAUUGAUCUCGAGUUCACAUAUGCUGCCCCUGCAGCCUUCACGUAUUCAGCACCUUGGUGGCUUUUGUUACAAAAUCCAGAGGAAUGGGAGCUUGAUCUAAAGGGUACCUUCUUGCCUAGGUACAAACCACGACUUCGUCUUUUUCUUGAGGCUUUGCGGGAAGUCGAAGAAGAACAGAUCAAGAGUGAAAAGCUUCUCGAGGAUCAAAGGCUCUCGGGACACAUGGAAAAAUCAAUGGAAAAUGGAGUAUUCUGGUUUUGUCUUGCAAUAAAGAACAGUCAAAUGUUUGACGACGUUUAUUGGACCUUCCUCGAUGAAAUGUUUUUUGGGCCUUUAGAUAAGCUUGAAGAUCGAAUUCAAUUCCUCAGUGAGGAUGAAAAGAAUGAGCUUCAAACUUUAUAUGAGAUCAAACAAAAGCAAGCAAAUGAUGGAAUUCUAGAUGAUGUCUAUGAUGCAGGAGAUCAAUUGGACUAUUAGAGUUCAUCCAACGGGCCUGGUAAGCUUUAAUUCUUAUUUUGCAAGAGCCUCAUGUUUCUUUCUUCAACUAUAAUUUCAAUAUUUAAAGUAUAUUAAAUCCUUACGGAGCAUGGCAGCCACAAGGUUAGCCUCAACUUCAGCAGCGAAACUGCAUUAUUUUACUUACACUACGAUAUCGAGAGAUAAUAGUACUUUCUCAAGAUAUCUUCUAUAUCAAAGAGAAAGCGGGCGCUGUCAAUAUGAUGGAAAUGUUCCGGUGAUCAUAAGAGUUUGUGGCGGUAACAAAAAAUAAUUAUAUCAAGAUGUGACCCAGCAUUCAAUGUAUAAGUAGUAAAUUGGUAAUUAAAGUU